AUGACGAUAUUUAUUCCAAUAUUGGCAGAAAAGAAUGUCAAGGCACCAAAUGUUAAUGUAAAGGCCGAGAACAAAAGUGAGUUGCCUGGACAGAAACCACAUCAUCAUAGAGAAACUCAUGGAACUAGUGAUGACAUUGACGAGAACACACCAAUCAGUCAAGUAAAAGGGCCGAACGUGUUUGAAAGAGCAAAAGAAGAGAUCGAAGCCAUUAUCCAUGCAGUUCACCCCAAGAAAGAUUCAGAUAUACAUGUGUCCUCAGGCAAAACGAAAAGUGGAUUUCCAGUAAUCAUCGGUAAAGGGUUGGAGAAAGUGUGCUCUCCUCGAGGUCAUAACAAGGAUUGA